AGCCGCGAGCGCAGUCCGGGCCACCGCCCCCGUACACACCGCGUGUAAACAGUCCCGGCGGCGGAGCCCGGAGCUAGGGAGCCCCGGAGCUAGGGAGCCCCGGAGCUAGGGAGCCCCCGGAGCCCAGGGAGCCCCGGAGCCCGGAGUCGGGCCGGGUGGGCGGGUGGGAGCGCGGGGCGGCGCCGCGAUGGAGUUCCAGCAGCUGGCGGACGUCGCAGAGAAAUGGUGCUCCAGCACGCCCUUCGAGCUCAUCGCUGCCGAGGAGACCGAGCGCAGGAUGGACUUCUACGCCGACCCGGGCGUCUCCUUCUACGUGCUGUGUCCCGACAACGGCUGCGGCGAUAGUUUUCACGUGUGGAGCGAGAGCGAGGACUGCCUGCCCUUCUUGCAACUGGCACAGGAUUACAUCUCCUCCUGUGGCAAGAAGACACUCCAUGAAGUCUUGGAAAAGGUCUUCAAGUCCUUCCGACCUUUGCUGGGGCUUCCAGAUGCAGAUGACGAUGCAUUUGAAGAGUACAGUGCAGAUGUGGAGGAAGAGGAGCCAGAGGCAGACCACCCCCAAAUGGGAGUCAGUCAACAGUAAACCCCUAAGGUCACCUUUCAGAAGGAGAGUAAGCCCUGUGCUCCCCUAGGUGGGGUCAUGUGCUCCUGGGGUAGCGUUUGCAUUAGCUCUUCAAACAGGACAUCUGGCUCCUGGCAUCCAAAUGAAAAUGAAAUAUCUUUUUAAUGACCACACAAUAUCUGUGAUGAGCUUUGCUCAGAAGUGACCUGAAUUUUAGCCCAGCUUUGGCAGGGUUUCUAUGGAGAUGUCUCAGUAGCCUUUGCCACUUUGAAGUUAGAGUCCAUUUUGUGGCUGCCUGUUCCCUCUUGAGUUUAUGUUGGAGAAUUAACAUGUGCUGACUGAAAUGUCGAGAAUUCUGAAUGGAUUAAGGCUGUGUUUUGAGUCCUCACAGGUGAUCCUGCUGAGGAAAAGCAUGCCAGAGAAGAGAUGCAGUCUGCACUUUUUUAAAUGUACCUUUUAAGAGUCCCUAAGUGAAAGGUUUUGCUUCUAGAGCAUGAGUUUUAAUAUCUGAUUGUUAACUGCACAAGUGCAAGACAAGGACAAAGGCAGGUCAUCUCUUGACUUUGAGUUUGGAGCACGAGGGCAGCCGAGGCACCUCGAGUUUCACUAUCCUGGAUGGGAACUUGUCACGUAGCAGCUACUGGUUACUGUAACUGCUCUGUGCUUGUUCAGUUGUUUUUAAACAUGCUGAUUCCAAAGCCACUUUUAAAUUCUGAUGGUGGAAAGUAUAAAUGGGGUAAGAGAUCCAAAUGAUUGAUUUCUUUAAGCUCUCUAUGAACCCACAUAGGAAAUGAAACUUUACCUUAUCUCUUUAUAAUAAGAUGACAACUUGUUGACUCAUGAAAUAACCAGAAUCUAAGUAAGUGCCCCUUAAUCUUUGAAGCCAUAGGUAAAUUUAAUAGGAAAAUAAACCAGAAUAAAAAAAUUUAGUGUAAUGAAAUCCUUUACUUUCUUAAUAUUUAGAGAACGUCAAGAAAAGGCUCCUAUUGUGUAAUUUACUUAAAAUUAUAAACAAAUACUUCAGAGGACCUAAUGGCAGUGAAUUUUUAAGGUAAUACAUACAAAAAUGGGAGUUUUCAUUAUGGGAUAGCUUGGUUAAAAGGAUGUUUUAACGAUAGGGUACCCAGACAGCCUCCAGAAGCAACUGCUAUUGUAAUUCAGCCAGUAAAUUCUUACCAGGACAUCCUCUCUAGUGCCAACAUAUCAGGUUCUAGUAACUUGGGAUGCCCCCUUACAGUACUUGAUUCCUCCAUGCAUCCAGGUUGGGAAUGUUUCUAGCAUAUACACCUGUGCCCGGUAGGUUAUCAACCUUUUAAAUAAAAACAGAAAAAAACAGAACACUGCAGUGGCAGAAGUUAGUGUGUCUUGCAGGCACAGGGGAAACCCAAACGCCUAGGCGUUUUCUAUUUAGUACCGUCAGGAGUCCAGCUGCUCCUGGGUGAAUGGUACAGCUCAGAGUUCAGUCACUGGCUGAAGGUGCACAGUGAUUUCCAUCUGUGCUUUGGAGCCCACGAUUUUCCCCCCUUGGGAAAACACAUUAAAGAUUAAUUUCAAGCCAGAUGAAUUUCCUUGAAGUAGCAAAGCCAGACUUAGAUCUUCUCUCAGGGUGUAAAGUUCUGUCUUUGUCAUCCUGCAGUGCCCCAUUGUAUCCACUCACUGCCGAGAACACUGAGUGCCACAUCCUAUAGGGCACGGAGCUCCAUAUCUUGUAGAUGUGGCCCAAGGUUGGUAGCCUCCUUUUUAGCACAGUGGGCCACCUGAAGGAUCUGUGAGGCAAAUAAAGAAGCCAAAGCUGUUUGUUCCAUUCCAAGGUAACCUGGAAUUUUACAUUACAGGUGUCAAAUUAAAUUUACAAGUGUUUGAACAUUAAUAUGAAAUGGAUUUUUUUAAAUCAAAAAAAGUAUUUAGACUUUGACUAAAUACAGUUUGUAUCAUGUUGAUGUUCUCUGUAAAUCUGAGCUGAGAUACCUAGCCAUUCAGUGGGCUGGUGAGAAUCCUAGUCUUUGUUCUGCCCAGGGCCAGAGGAGAGAGAAAUACCCCAGAUGUGGCUAAUUUCCAUGGCAAAACUCAGAGGCAUCAGCACAUCCUCCUCUUGUACAUAACCCUCCCAGAGCGCUCCUGUGUGUACACAUGCACACACUCUCACUGUGGGUGUUCUUAUCCCAUCUGGGGUCAAGGCUGAACAGCCUGUGGUCAGUUAUGAAAACAGUACCAUGGUGGGACAAUGUGUCCUUUCCCUACAGAUGUGUUGUCAGGAGCCUGGUGUGGGAGAAGGGUCUCUGGGAGUUAGGAAAGACACUUGGUUCUAUAUUUGACCCUGCCAUAGACUUUGUGACAUCAGCAAGUCAUUUAACUGGUCUGUGAAACAAUGGUAUUUGAUCUUCUGGCUUUAAACACAGUUGUAUUUUGCUUUAGGAGGAAGUAUGUGUACAUAAGAGCAACAAUCAAGGACGCUUAGGGACACAAGAAGGAAAUAAUUUGGAAUAUUGCCAAAGGUGAUAUUCUUAAGAUACUGGCCAUGAGCUACUUUAGAAUAUGUUGGCUGAUGGAUGUCCAAAUCCCUGGGGCCUGGGGUAGGUUCAAACCCAGGUGACUGAUGAAAUUCUGUUGCUUUGAAAAGUGGGUAAGUGGUGGCCCCAAAAUAUGGUUUGUCUCAGCUGUACCUUGCUGUGCGUGUGUGGGGCAGAGCUGUUGUCUGCGCCUGAACACCGGAGGCUUUGGAGGUGGUCAGCAGUUAGCCUGAGGGAAGAUUGGCACGAGGAAUAGCUGGAAAAGAGUUCUUGGUGAGCGCUUUGCUUGCCAUGUCAUUCAGGAAAGAGAAAGAGACAGUGCCUGGGUUGGGGCAGUGAGAACAGAAACAGAGAGCGAGAACGAAUAUAUGAGGGAAGGGUUGAUUGCUUAUUGAUCACUGUGACCAGCUGUGAAAUCAGAAUGAUGCCUGUGACAACAUUACAAAACCUCAAUCCUCGCCCUGAGUGACCCACUGAGACAUCUUUUAUGUCUGCGCAGUGAUGGCGUUGAACAGACCUCAGGGAGGGAAAUGACGCCCCGUGCAUUGCCAGCACCAGUUGGGAUUUUGUGACUCCAGGCCCACAGCAGCACAUGGUACAUUUUGUUUUCCCUUGGCCAGAGCACAAAACCUCUGCUAGGUGGGAGAUUUUCCUUAGGCCCUGGUGCCAGAGCUAGCUUUGCAAUGUGCUUAAGUGAAAACUCUCUGAGAGUGACCACCAUUGUUCAGCAUAGACAGAACUGUUCUCUAGCACAAUGCAUGUCUGAAUAUUGUUUCAGUUUCACAGGAGCACAGAGUGUGUCCAGGGAUCUAUGAUCCCUGAGUGGUAUUUCAUUUAUAGUUAGGAACCUGUUUUGCAUGUUAAAACUCACCAGUUAGGAGACAGUUUAAACAAAUCUGGUUUCCUGUAGUGAGAGGAAUGUAGGAAGGGUUGGGUCUUACGUGGGUUGGGAGGAGAUGAAUAAAAACAGUGGGAGAGUUAGGUCGCAGAGUCAGGUCUGAACUGUAAACUGAAGAACUCAGGAGGACACUUACCACCUGAGGUACAGGAAAACUUGUUUCCCUGUCUCUCUAGAGGCCUGCUUUCCUCAGAGACUAGUGUUGAGAGAAUAUUGGUAACUGUUUUGUAACUUUCACUACACGCACCUCCCAGGACACAGCAGGUGGUGGAAUUCCUGGUGGAAUUCUUUUCCUUCAUAAACCCAGCUGCCAGUCAGAGAAGCCUGUCCUCAGGAGUGCUGACAGACCCGAGGGACUGCAGUCCCAGCUGGAACCAUAAACUACACCUACCCACUCCAUUGGGCGGCAGGAAGAACACAGUGAUACUGGAGUGGGGACUCCACUAGAACAGGCCUUGAGGGAGAUGCUGUUGCCAGUUGCACAUCUUCAGAGAAGCCUAAGAGGUUUUUGUAUUAAAAAAACCCUCUUUCAUAAACUCAGUCGGUUACCUUGGUUUAAUGGUAACAGGUAUGACAUAAGAAGCCAAAUUCUUUUAGGUUUCAUACAGAAGUGUAAAACUUGCUUGUGGUCCAAGGUAAUGGCCAUGAAUGUUUCAUGUUAGAAACCCCAUUCACCACACUGCAAGACUGAGUGGUUCCAAGCCGCUUAAAGGGUAUGCCAAGCUGCAUAGGCAUUAACAUUCAGUUUGCUUAGAACCCUGUUCGAGUUGUUCGAUAUUAGGCAGAAAGCUGGCUCUGGUCUUCUUAGACUACAUUUCCUUCAGCUUUCCUUUUGUUUUUGUCUCUCAAGAUUCUCUUUUAGCAGGUACCUUCUGACGUGGCAUGAAGUUGCAAAGCAGUGCUUUGCACAGAUGCCAGUUUCUUAGAGGAGUAAAACCUUCACUGGGCAAGACUGAACCCAGCCAUUGCUGACUUCUGUAUGAGCAAGAUUUAGCCAAAUACAGAGAAGCAGAGCAAGGAAGAGGCAAAUUUAAGGGACUCGUCUGUUUCUGGUUUUUUAGACAAGAAGUGUUUCCUGCAGGCUGUGUGUGCUUUCUUUCCUUCGUGGUUCCCUUCAAAGAAAUUGCUUGUAAAUGACAAACUGUGAAAUGAGUUGCCAAAAACUGUUGUCCUUUGUUAGAUGCCUCAAACAGAACUGUGUAAAUUCUCUUUGCACCCUGUCCCAUCUGCUCCCUCCUCCCUCCUCUGAGAGCGAGGACCACAUCUGAGGAUGUAAUUACCGUGAGCUUGCUAUUAAAGAGCCUUCCAAGCCC